GGGACAGCUGAGCCGAAGCAAGCCUCCCGCCUGCUGUGGACUUCCGACUUCCGACUUCCUUCCGCACUGGGCUCCGACUUGCAUUUUUAUCUUCUGCCAUGCCCGAGCUGCCCCCGGCUUCUCUGUGCCCACUAUUCUGGAUGGAGUUCAAAGGCCACUGCUACCGAUUUUUCCCUCUCAAUAAGACUUGGGCCGAGGCUGACUUCUACUGUUCUGAGUUCUCCAUUGGCAGGAAAUCUGCGAAACUGGCCUCCAUCCACAGCUGGGAAGAGAAUGUCUUUGUGUAUGACCUUGUGAACAGCUGUGUGCCUGGGAUCCCAGCUGACAUCUGGACGGGGCUUCACGAUCACAGACAGGAAGGGCAGUUUGAAUGGACCGACGGCUCCUCCUAUGACUACAGCUACUGGGACGGAAGCCAGCCGGACGACGGCGUCCACAAGGACCCAGAAGAGGACUGCGUGCAGAUAUGGUACCGACCCACCAGCGCUCUGAGGUCAUGGAAUGAUAACACAUGCAGCCGCAAGUUCCCCUUUGUCUGCAAGAUCGCGUCUCUGACCAUUCACUGAGCCGGUCUUGCCCCGUCAAAAGUGAGCCCAACUCCAGCACAUCAUGUAGGUA